UUGCAAUGCCACGUAGUGGCCAUAUUGGAUCAACAACCGGUGUCUCACCUGUGGAAUAAGAUUGACAUUCAGCCUGUUUUAACUACAGGAUGGGUGGUUCAUUCAGCACAGAAAUUCCGGGCGGCGGAACAGAGGGCUACCAUGUUCUCAGGGUGCAAGAAGGCUCACCAGGGCACAAAGCAGGACUGGAGGCAUUCUUUGAUUUUAUUGUAGCAAUAGGACACACACGACUUAAUCAAGAUAAUGAUACCCUUAAAGAUCUGCUAAAGGCGAACAUAGAAAAACCAGUGAAGAUGGCUGUGUAUAGUAGUAAAACACAGUCAGUCAGAGAGGUCACCAUUCUACCCAGUCAUAACUGGGGCGGUCAAGGACUUUUAGGUGUGAGCAUCAGAUUUUGUUCCUUUGAAGGGGCUAAUGAAAAUGUAUGGCAUGUGCUGGAAGUGAAACCAAACUCCCCAGCAGACCUGGCUGGUCUAAAGUCUAAUACAGACUACAUCAUAGGAGCGGACUCUGUACUGCACGAGUCCGAGGACUUGUUUACACUGAUAGACUCUCACGAAGGUAAACCGCUGCGCCUGUAUGUAUACAACACAGAAUCGGACUCGUGUCGGGAGGUCACCAUCACACCUAACGGCGCCUGGGGAGGAGAUGGCAGUACGUUUGGUGAGGAAGGCAGUCUUGGCUGUGGUAUUGGAUAUGGAUAUCUACACAGAAUACCAAAGAGACAGUUCCCCUCGAGUAUUUCACCAGAAACAAUUCCUACCAGUGUCCAGACACCACAGAAGACUCCCGAUGGAUUUGCAGAGGUAUCGCUAGGUAACUCACCAGCUGGUUUGCCUGUGGGUAUGGCACAGAUGUCUAUAAAUACAGGUACACCGACCAUACCGGUGAUCCCUGCAACUGAAAGUGGUGCUGGGCACGGGGUACCUUUUCAGCCAACACCAUUACCAAACUUCUCGUCACCCGGCGGGGGCAUCACAUUACCAGCAACAACAAUGCCUAAUUUAGCAGGAAUGCCUAACUUAUCGGGAAUGCCUAACUUAUCGGGAAUGCCUAACUUAUCAUCAUUACCUCCCUUUACUAUGCCGAUGUCGCUGCCAGGGAUGCAGCCUGGUGCACUUCCAGCCAUGUCAUCGUUACCUACUCUCCCAGGUAUGACUUCCAGCAGUACAAUGUCACCACCUGGAGUGGGCAGUGCCGCACCAUCAAGUUUUGCAUUUUCCCCGGGAGCUGGUCUGCCGAUGUCCAUUCCAGCACCUGCAUCCCUCCCUAACCUCCCCAUGAACUUUACUCUCCCCACUCAAGCUACAGGAGAAGUGCCCCAGGGUGUUGGUGGUACUCUUCCCCUACAAACAGCGGCUGCUGCAGGGGAUCCAAGUGCAGCUGCAGCAAAUAUCUCAGCAUCAGCUGUGUCUCCUGUUGUAGCACCAGUAGUCACAUCAUUGGAAACGGUCAAUGCUGCUUCCUAGUAGUGCUUUAUAAAAAACCUAAUAUUGUUUUGGUAUUUUCUUUCUUAAAUGUUGAGGGAGCAUAUCUGUUAUGGAAGAGUGUGAGAGACGGAGAUCUGUGGAUGUUAUAGAUUGUGAAGGAAACAUGUAUCACUGUGUUUUACACAUUGUCCAACAUGUAAAGAUAUAGUGAUUACAUACGAGACUUUGUGUGGAUGGAAGAGACCUAUGGACUAUCAAUAGUGUAGGUUUAAACAUUAAACAAUAUCAGACUGUAAAGAAAAUAAGGAAAGAAAACAGCAAGUGUUAUGUGUUCUUUAUUCAUUUUCGAAUUAGUUUUAUUUAUUUUGUUAACAAGCAUAAAUUUCAUCUUAAAGAAAUAAAAAUAUAAAAGAAAAUACAAGAAAACUUUUAAGUUAUGCAUCAAAAGGACACAGAUAAUGCUGAAUGAACUGAUAAUGCUGAAUGAAAUUGUAUGAUAAACAAAAAAUCGGUUUUGUGAAAAUGUUACCGUUUAUAUAUUUAUCAGAAUUAUCAUGAUAUGAAGACAUACUGUAUGCUAGCUGUAUUUUGUAAAGAAAAAUUGACUGUCUUUGAACAAAGAUUUACUUAGGGCUGUUUCAGGAUAUACUCUUUGGGAGUGGUGAGAGGCUAUUCUCAAGAGGUCUAUCAAUCAUCAAAUGCUGAAACUGAUUCAAUAGAAGGAGUGAUAGGAAGUUUUGGAUUUAACAAUAGUAAUUAAAUACAGGUCCCACUCGCCUCCUUCACAUAAUUUAUAAUGAAAUAGCUCUAGCAGAAAUGUAGUUGUAUCAACUAAAUGUUGAAGAUUUACAAGAUUUUGAUAACAGAAAAUGAAUUCUUGAUAAAUACAGAUAUUGUACUGUAUGAGUGGGUGAUUACCUCCAGUAUAUCGACCAGUACCUGUAGUGUCCUGUACGUUUAUAUAUACAUAAAUACUGCUGUAAAUAUUUUGCACUGGAUUAUCAAUUUGGCAAGUUUAAAUACAUGAUACAUAUAAUGUAUCAUCUAAUUGUGAAGCAUUCAUGAUCUGUGUUUGUGUAUUUGAAGAAUGAUAUAAGUAUGAUAUGAGAGACAUAUCGGAUGAUUUGGGGACAUAGACUCUUAAAAAAUGAAUAAAAGUUGAAUUGUUUGUGUGUAGGCAGGUGAUACGAGACAUUUAAGUAUUUACAUGUAUAUAAAUUAUACUUGUACAUACAUGGGCAUGUCAGUCAAGGAUAAGUCAUUUCCACGUUUUCUCCUACAUCAUAUCUUACUAAUUACUCAAUCCCGUCUCGGACGGUUUUAUCAUCGUUGAAUAUACUCUUUAUUACAAAUUGUAUGAGUUAUCUACCCUUAGUUAUGGAAUUCGUUCUUGUGUGAGGGAAAAAAUGUAAAAAAAAUGUAUGUACCUUAGAGCUUGAGUGGUUCUAAAGAGCAAAAUUACAUCUUUGUGAUCGUGGUUUUUGAAACGGUGAAUUGCUCGAACAUUCUACAUUUUUCUACAUUGAAGAGUCAUCUUUAUGUCAAGGAAAUGGCAAUGUUUAUGUCAUCCAUGUUAAUUGUAUAACAUUUUCAGGCAUUUGAAUGAUGAUGAUUUUAAUUUAUAUAUUUAUUUGUGAUCACAGUAAAGGGCUGGAAAUAAAAUGAGAUGUAAAUAAUCAAUACAAAUAUUUCAAGCAUAACUCAUGUUUUUAUUUAUUCCUUAAAAAGGAAGAUGCUAAAUUGUAGAAUACGAAUUGGUUGAAUGCAUACCACAGUGGAAACUUCCUGUUCGAACCAGAAGGUUGUGACCCCAACCAGCUGACAUUUUGGGGACAUACAGUGACGUGUCAUUAAGUAUUCCAUCAAACGUUUUGUUUACAAGAGGUUCUGUGUGUUUUUACUUCCUUUUCAAGGAAUUCUUCUGAUCCCAUUUCUUAAUCAAUAUACUCAAAAUUACUUAAACAUGUUCUGGUAAAAACUACUUGAGAUCGGAAUAAUUAAUUGAAAAAUAAGUUAAAAUACAUGAAAUUUAGUGUAAAGUUUGUGAUGUCAUAGUUGUACUUUUUUUGGUCCCUUUUACCAAAAGAGCGUGGAAUGUGUGACGUAAUACUUCUAUUGUAACAAAGCUGUCUUGCACCAUGCCAUGGCAUCAUGCGUAAGUUUAUAAUAACAUCUAGAUUGGAUUGUUACCUAAUUUUUCAGUGCUACAUGUGGUUAGUAUAACUAAAUAUUAUUUUAUAAAGUUUGAACUGCUUUCCAUGGAAAAUAUAUUUUAAAGCUCUGGUGCAUGAUGGCUGGUCUAAACAAUUAAUCUACAUCGUAGCUGGAUAAAAGUCAACUGGAUUAAGGCAAUUCUGCUGAUAUAUUACUCUAGAAUGUUGAUCGUUUGCAUAUUUUCAGUGUCUUGUAGGAGUCUACAUACACUUUUGUAUACAGACAUGAAAUAAACUGUAGAGUUUUCAUAGCUUAAUGCCAAAACAAAGAGUGUGUAGUACAUGUAUGUAUUAUUUUAUGUUCAAAUACUGAUAAGGAAUGCCAUCAUUAAAAAGUUUGCACUUAAAAUUACAUGAUUUUCGUUUCAUAAAAGAGGGAAGAGACUUAAAAAAAAUAUUGCUUUAAGUUUUUGAGACUCAGGCAUCAUAAACAUGAAUUAAGUGAAACUAAAGUCUUAUCUUAUCUCCUUGGGUAUAUUGUUCUUCUAUCGUACAGAGUAAGAACUAUACUAAUAACAUAAUACAGAACGCCAAUACUCCGUUAUGUGAUAGGUAUCUGGUGGUAAGGAUCGAUUGAUGGCUGUAGAUUUUGUUUGUCGACAGAUAACACUAUAAAUUGAUCACUUAUGUGAGUGCAAUGUAAAAUAGAAAUAAACAAUGAAUGCUUUGGA